AUUGAAGUAGGACUGAAAUUGCUUUGUUUUCCCCUAGAGGUCGGUCAGUCUAUGUAGCUCUUUGUAGUCAAUAAAUUAAGCCCACGGUGAGGUUUGUGUUCUUGAAGAGUGAAGUUGGCCCAGUUAGGCAGGCCCCGGUGUAACAGCUCCGCUCUCCACUAGAUGGCGCUGCUAGCCUACUGGGGUGGUUUGUUGCGGUGCUUGUUGGUGCACACGCAUAUGCAUAUACGGGAGUGGUGAAAAACGGCGCCACCCAGCCACCCAGUCUGUUCUCCCUGAUCAGCAAUUGUGCACCGGUCCUCUGUCUUCAGCUCUCAUCGACUCUCCUCUUUUCCACUCUCCGUGACCAGUCCCCAGGCAGUACCUCUCGCCCGAGUUUUGUCUCAGGUGUGGCUAUUUUCCCUGGCCCCUUACUUCCGAAGAACUGCGGCUUUGACCCACCCCGCCCUUCUGGUCUGCGGGAGGGUCUCACCCAGCAAUGGCUGAAUGAGUAAUGGCCGAAUGUUGGCUGCACCCAGGAAUGCCCACUGGACCCUGCUGUUGCUGGUGCCCUGAGACUAUGGCCAGGUGCCAGCCCGCCCCUAAAAAAGAUCAUGAGACAGUGUAGCAGCAGCAUUUCAGGGACCAUGGAAAAUUGCAACACACAUCUGCCACUGGGCUUCACCCUCAACAACCUUGCCCCAGCACCAGCGAAUGUGGCUGCCUUCCGGGGUCUGCUGAGGCCAGGUGGCUUCAACAGCCUCUACGAAAUGUCCUUCCAGCAGUGGAACCACUUUUCCCCGUGCGGCCUGAAAACCUCCUGGACCCCACUCUGUUCCUGGGGAUUCACCUUUCCCACCAGAGCACUGCCAGGAUUCCAUCAGGACACAACAUUACAUUUAGAUGCCAGGUCUCCACAGUCCUUUUGCUUUGAUACUUUUCUUAUGAUUGGACCAGGAUUAUGUGUUUUUGGAGAAAUGCCAAAGAGCACCAUGGACCCUCCCAUGCGGAACAUGAGCUGCCAUUUUUAAGACCACUGCUGAACUAAAGAGGGAGGAAUCAGGCCAGGGUUUUGUGGGUCAAGAAUUCAAAAAGAAUACAGUGGAGUGGAGUGCAGUGGCUUUCUUCUACUCAAACAGGUUCUCUCUUCUCAUGAAGGUGGUAGCCAGAGGUAGACACUGUGAUAACCCCCCAGCAAUGGAGAAAUCAUGAUUUUUGUUUCUUUUCUCUCUUCCUUCUCUAAGCCAUUGACGAUGGCCCUUAGUAAUUCCAGCUGGAGGCUACUGCAGCCUUCUUUUUUCCUGAUGGGCAUCCCCGGUUUAGAGGAAAGCCAGCACUGGAUAGCAAUGCCGCUGAGUGUCCUUUAUCUCUUUGCUGUAAUGGGCAAUAUCACCAUCAUCUUUAUCAUCUGGACUGACCCAUCCUUGCACCAGCCUAUGUACCUCUUUCUGGCCAUGCUCUCUGGCAUUGACCUGGUGCUGGCGUCUUCCACUGCACCCAAAACCCUUGCAGUGCUUCUGGUUCAUGCCCAUGAGAUUGGGUACACUGUCUGCCUGACCCAAAUGUUCUUCAUCCAUGCGUUCUCUUCCAUGGAGUCAGGUGUACUUGUGGCCAUGGCUCUGGAUCGCUAUGUAGCCAUUUGUCGCCCUCUGCACCAUUCCACCAUCUUGCAUCCAGGGAUCAUAGGGCGCAUUGGAAUGGCAGUGCUGGUACGGGGGUUACUCCUCCUCCUCCCCUUCCCUAUCCUGUUGCGGAGACUUAUCUUCUGCCAGGCCACCGUCAUAGGCCAUGCCUAUUGUGAACAUAUGGCUGUGGUGAAACUUGCCUGCUCAGAAACCACAGUGAACCGAGCUUAUGGGUUGGCAGUGGCCCUGCUUGUGGUUGGGCUAGAUGUCGUGGCCAUCGGUAUUUCCUAUGCCUUCAUCCUCCAGACAGUGCUGAAAGUACCAGGGGGUGAGGCCCGACUUAAGGCCUUUAGCACAUGUGGGUCUCACAUUUGUGUCAUCCUGAUCUUCUAUGUUCCUGGAAUGUUCUCUUUCCUCACUCACCGCUUUGGCCACCAUGUACCCCAUCAUGUCCAUGUUCUUCUGGCCACACUCUACCUCCUCGUGCCACCUGCACUCAAUCCUCUUGUCUAUGGGGUGAAGACUCAGCAGAUCCGCCAACGAGUACUCAGGGUAUUCUCCCUAAAAGGAUGGAUCUGAACACAUCCCAGUUAUUAUUUUCUGAGGCUCCUGUCAAAGGUACUGCCUGGAGUCCAUGGCUGGUCUAAGCUAUGUGGGUAGAGACCAUUGCACAGUGAGGGGUCCUUCCAGUCCUGCUAUCUCACGGCAGAAAACACCCCUGGGCACUUGGCUCCAUCACUGUUUGGACUCCCUGAAUAGCUGGAUUUUUUAUUAUUUUCUUUUCUUUUGCUUCUGAUUCUAACAUUUCUCUAUUCUUCUAUCAAGGGGACUUGAGAAGUGGAGAAAAGAUAUAUCUUUGGACAUGCCAUUUUUUUCUGCCUUCACCCAAUGAUUGUGGAACAUCAUUAAGUAAGGGAAUGGGAAGUCCCAGCCUCUUCUUUGUUUUAGUUUUAGAGUGUCUUCACACCCUCAAUGUUAUUGCUAUGAGCUCUAGGUCACUCAGCUUCCAUGUAGCAACAGAGUCUCUCUCUAACCAUUUGAUACUACCAAUAUGUCAGAAAACACCUUUUUAUUACAGUAUGACUCUUACUCACAUAUUUAAAUUAACCUAAGUGGGGAGACAUGGUAAUGGGUUCUUAGAAAAAUGAGAUACAAACACUAUUUUCAAGGAAGAAAUGUAUAUUGUAGAGUGCAUUUCUUUUUGAAAAGGUCAGUAUUUUUAAUUUAUUCAUAUUUUUUAUUAGGGUAAAGAAGGAAUAAGACCAGUAUUGAAUGUAUGUAUGUUUUGUAAGUCUUAAUUUAACAAAGCUAAACACCCAUAUAUUAAUAUUAUUUAAUAACUACAAAAUGUGCUAGAGUCUGAUACUGGUAAACAUAGCUUUAUUCAUACAUGUAGAUGUAGUUUUGGCACUUGAAAGAAUUUCUAUUUCUGAAAUGUGGAUAUGGAAUGAUGUCAGUUAGACCCCCGUCCCCACUUUUUUGGUAACAGGAACUGGGUAAAACUUAUAAGAAGAUUGUUACAAUUGGUGUAUUGCAUCCUGUUUGUUGGAUGUUGCCCUAAAAUCUGGCUUAACUCUUUUGUGUUCCUAAAAGGUAGCACAUUUUGUUCUGUUCUGGAGGAAGCAAGUCACCGCUGCUUUGAGGUAGGAUGCUCUGGUGUUGAGAGGGCUCUAUCAAUGGACUCCAUAGUGGUCAAAAGGGGGGAAUGGAUGAGUUAGUGUUCCAGUUUCUCCUUUCUUGGUAAAUUUCACUCCUAAUAGUUUUCAGGUACAGAGACUUGAGUAUGAAGUCUUCAGUUUGGUGCACGCACAUGGGUGAAUUAGGGAGGAAUUGUAUGAGUUCUUAUUGUAGGAACAAUUACACGUUCUCAUCACGUUGGUUGUAGGCGCAGGACUUGAACUCUGGUGAGUUGUCCUGAGGAAGCCCAGGCUGUGGUGUACGUUGUAUCCCAUUCACUAGAAAACAACUAUGUUGGCUCUAGCAGUACUUUGUUUAGGUACUUUGUUUACUUUGUUUUAUUCAAAGUAGCUGUUUGUUCUCUCAUCCCAUUUACACUAUUUGUGGAUUUUUGGGAUGUGGGUAUGAUGGUGGGAUCUGAAGAGCUUCUUGGAUCACAAGAUGGAAAAAUGUACUGAAGAUGGCAGAGCAACACUGUAGAAGAGCCUGUGUUCCCGACGCUCUCUGGGCCACCAACCCUGACUUAAACCUGAGGUAGAAACUUGUAUCUGGGUUAAACCCCACUAUAUUUUGGAGAAUCUUUUUGGUGCUGACUAACCUAUAGGCUAAAAAGUAGAUUUUUUUUUUAAAUCUCAGAUAAUCUAAAUGGGAUAUGUAUGAUGCUUGAAGGAUGUCUUUUAGAAUUUCCUUUUGAAAGAUUUUAAACCUUUUUUUGGCCUAAAUAUCUGCUUGUUUGCUGUCAUUGAAGUUUACUAUCAGAAAAUAUUCAUAUCAUAUCUUAUUGUUUUAUUUUCUACUGUGGUUAUAGUAUAUCCCCUAUUUUAUCCCUAGCAGUGUUUAUUUGUGCCUUCACUGAUUUCCUUGCUCACCUGUGCCAAACAUUUGUCAAUAUUAUGAAAAUAUUUAAAUGUUUAGACUCAUAGCCAUUCAACUUAAUGUUAGCACUGGCUUUUUGGAUUUAGCUUUCUUGUCACAUAUUGUGCAGAAAAGACUGUACUGACACAGCUGCCCUGGCAAUACAAGAACAAUUCCCUCAUCAGUUCACUAAAGGAUUGCUUUCAAUUUCUAAAAUUUCAAUUUAUCAGUUCGAUUGAUUCCAAGCUUGUGUUAUUUCUUGAAUCUCUUAAUAAGUACAAUUCUCAGGUCUGUAUCAAGCUGUAACCCAUUCCUUUUCCUAACUCAUAAGUCUACUCUCCACACAUACAUACCUACACUGGUUUGCAGAUUUCUUCAUUCUGGUGUUUAUGAAGUUAAUACAAUCUGACUUAUAAGUUCCAGAAAUAUUUGAAAGUUGUAUGAUCCAACCCUAGAACAAUUCCUCAAAUUCUAGUAAUUUUAUUGAAUUACUCUUACUUUUGUGUCUUUUUAGUCAUUAGAUUUCAAACUACAUCACAGAGCUAUAGUAAUCAAAACAAUAUGGUAUUGGCAUAAAAACUGACACAUAGAUCAGUGGAACAGAUCAGAGUUCCUAGAAAUAAACUCAUGCAUAUAUGUAUAAUUUAAUUAUAAUAAAGUAGUCACAAAUACGCAAUG